AUGACUUUCCAACCUCAACAACAACAACAUGAAGGAAAGAAGAGACUGUCCUCUCUUUGCCUCUCAUCGGGAGAAGAAGAAAACGAUACACCAAAUCAACAACAGGAAUCACCACCGAAACAACGGAACCUACCUCCACCACCUCGAUCAUUUAUCAAGACAUCUUCUUCACCCUCAUUGUCUUUCCGUUUGAAGAAGAGCUCCUCACUCAAUGAGGUUUUGGCUAUGGAGGCAAAACUGGACAUUUACUGCAAUAAUGAUUUAGAGAGGGGAAUGUUGUACUUGGUGGCUAAUCGAAUGAAUGUCAUGAUGGUUAUUGGGGGAUUGUACUUGCUUGGUACAUUGUACUGUUUUGAGACCAUGUCGUGGGGGGAGAAUGUUCUUAAUAUUGUUCUCUUCUUGGCUCAAAUGAUAAAUAAUAGACGAAAUAUUGAUUUGGCCAUGUCCUAUGGAGAUGCCUUUCGUAAGCUUGAUGGUAAUGAAAGAAAAAGGGCAUUGGUUUCAAUACUACUUUACACAACUAGGUAUUUGCUUAUUCCACAUCACAAAAUAUUGUUCCUUCCCGUAACAUUUAUGUGGUUUGCAGGCUCUAAUAAGCUAUAUCAUUAUUCCACAUUUAUGGGACUGUUGCCAACCUAUUACAUGUCAUGUCUUUAUAUUGGAACGAUUGGUUAUCUUGGAUAUUUUGAAUAUAUGGCAAAUGGAUACAACGUAAAACUAUUGGAUAUUCUCAUAGAGCAUUGUGUGCUUUUGGCUUGCAUUUGGAUGUUUUCUUAUUAUUGGAUCAAUGUGACUGGUUUUUUAAAACACAAAGUGGACAAAUUACAAGAAACCAGGAAACAGCUAGAGACAGCAAUCGAAGCCAGAUCCAGAUUCAUGGCCCAUGUUUCACACGAGUUUAGAUGUCCAAUCAUGUCUAGUUUAGGUUGUUUAGAAUUAUUGAAGGAGACUGAACUGAAUGAUAAGCAAAAUGAUUUGGUUGAUACCAUUGUAUCAUCAAAUGGGAUUCUCCUCUUGUUAAUUGAAGAUAUUCUUCAAAUUGUAAAGUUGGAGCACAAUAAUAAGGAACAAAAGAAGGAGGAUUCAAAUUUGAAAACCUUUAACUUGUUCGAAUCUCUAAAAUCAAUGAAAGGAAUCAUUCAAGGAUACGCAUCUAAUUUUAAGGUUAAUUUGAAUUUCAAUAUUGAUGAGAGAAUUAAGCAAAUGAUUGUAAGAUCUGAUUCUUCCAAGCUUCAUCAAAUAUUGUCCAAUUUAAUGACCAACGCAGUAAAGGCAUCAAAACAAGAUGGUGAAGUUAGACUGAAAUGUGAAGUGUUGGAGGAGACUGGUGAAAAAGCAAAUAUUAGAUUUGUUUGUCAAGAUUUUGGUUGUGGAAUUCCACAACAUUUGAUUCCUUCCAUUUUUGAACCAUUUGUCCAAUUGCAAAAUAAUUCACAAUCCAAAGUUCCCAGCACAGGACUUGGUUUGACAACCGUCUCUCAUUUAAUCAAGUCACUCGAAGGUACAAUCAAUGUUGAAUCACAACUUGGAAAAGGCAGUACAUUCACUGUUGAUUUACCAUUUAAAUUGGUUCAUGAUGAAGUACCUGCCCAGUCAGAGAAAGUUGAGGGAGAAGAUAAGAGAAACUGCACUUGA